AUGUGCCGCCUUCUCGUCUUCAAGGGCGCGGAUCCGAUCCAGCUCUCGCACCUCAUCACCCGCCCGGCGCACAGCAUCAUCAACCAGGCGUUUGACUCGCGCCUUCGCCUCGACGCCACCCGCGCCGUCAACGGCGACGGCUUCGGCGUAGGCUGGUACGACUCGACGCCGGAUCCGGAGCUGGGCGACGCGCCCUGCAUCUUUACCAGCGUCACCCCCGCCUGGAACAACCAGAACCUCCAGCGCAUCGCCGAAAAGAUCAAGUCGCCCCUCGUCUUUGCCCACGUCCGCGCGUCCACCUCGGGCGCCCUCUCCGAGACCAACUGCCACCCUUGGAGAUACGGCAGGCUCAUGUGGAUGCACAACGGACAGAUCUCGGGCUUCAGCAGGAUCAAGCGCCGCGUCCUCACCUCGCUCCCCGAGCCCCUUUUCCUCUUUCCCCAGGGCCACACCGACUCCGAGUUCGCCUUUGCCGUCUUCCUCAGCCAUCUCGACGACCCGCUGAAAAAGGAGCAGUUCUCCUACAAGGAGCUCCGCGACGCCAUGCUCGCCACCAUCGGCGACUUUAACCAGUGGGCAAAGGAGGCCGGCGUCAAGGAGCCCAGCCUCAUGAACUUUUGCGUCACCGACGGCCAGAGCGUCGUCUGCACGCGCUACGUCUCGAGCAAGGAGGAGCAGGCGGCCAGCCUCUACUUUUCUUCGGGCACCUCGUUCUACGAGCACGCUCCCGGCGCCUACCGCAUGGUCAAGACCGACAAGCGCGAAAAGAUCAUCGUCGUGGCCAGCGAGCCCUUGACUUUCGAGAAGGCCGAUUGGAUGGAGAUCCCGACAAACACCUUGGUCUGCAUCACGCCGCGGAUGAAUGUGCUGCAGCUCCCCAUCGUCGACGAGUACCACCUUUCGCACAACUCGACCACGGUCCGGAGCCCCACGUUUGCGCUCAAAACGGGCUACCCGCCCUCGGUGUCGGGCAGCCUGAGCAGCUUUGCCACCGCCGCCGCCGCCGCCUCUGCAGCAGCUGCCGCGACGACGGCGGCGACGGGACAGCCCUCAUCAUCAUCUCUCUCGUCUUCAAUCACAUCAAACAGCUCUCAGUCCAGACCGGUCAACGGGACUCAUCUCGGCGAGGCUCAUCUGCCGUCACCACCCGCCCUCGACCCGACGCUAGGCCUGUCGGUCCCCCGGCCAGCGGAUCAGGCGGCACAACAGACGGUGCAUUGA